GCCGUGGUAUUAUUCCUCGAGUGCCAAGGUGGAAACGGAUACCGCCGGCUUCUUCCUUCCCUUCCCUUCCUUCCUUCUUUCCUUGGUUGGUUGCUGCUGGCUCUCCGUCACUUCCAAAGACCAAAGGGGGGAGAAAUCCGGACCGGAGGAGGAGGGAAAGGGGGGAAAUAUUUGGAAAUCUGCGAGCCCUAAUUUCUGGCUGAUUUAGUCGGGCGGAGCGCGGAAUCGGGCCGCGGAUCCGGUGGUUGGGGGGCGUGCGCGGGGCGAGAUCUAUGCGCGGUGGCGGAGGAGGAGGAGGGAGGGGAGUAGACUGAGCGGGAGCAAUGGCGGAGGUGCCGGGGUCGUCGACCGCGGCCGCCGUGCUGGCGGUGGUGAUGCUCGUCGUCGUGCCGGCCAUGGCGCUGCUGGUGCGGCGGAGCCUGCGGCAAGCCGCGGCGAGGAGGGAGGAGGUGCGGCGCCGCGCGCGGCUCGCGGCGGAGGAGUCCGAGCUGGCGGAGCGGGAGUCGGUGCGCGCCUACUACGCGGAGCUGUUCCCGGGAGUGGUGCACGCGGCGGAGGUGCCGGAGGCGCCGAUGUGGACCCCGCAGCCGGUGGCUCCGGCGCAUGAGGAGCCGGAGGUUGUGGCGGAGACGCAGCAGCAGCCCCAGCCGCCGGUGGGGGUCUGCGCGGUAUGCUUCAAGCCGACCACGUUUAGGUGCAAGCAGUGCAAGGCCGUCAAGUACUGUUCCUUCAAAUGCCAGAUAGCCCACUGGAGACAAGGUCAUAAAGAUGAAUGCCAUCCACCAAGUGUCAAUGCUAGGCCAGAUGAUGCAGCUGAAAUUUCUGUUGCAAAAGAAGGAAAAGCUGAACAGGGUGGAGCUUCUGAAGAAACUGAUAUCAACAUGCCAGUUGCUGUUGGGUCAGAAACUUCUAGUGCAAACCAUACUUUGAGGAGCUUAAAUGAUAAAAGGAAAGAUAUGCCUUUCAAGGAGGUACCUGCUACCACUGAGGUUCCUGAAAAUGGCCAUUCUGACAGUGUGGUCAAACUUCGUCAAAGUACCCCUCAAGUAGCAUCUCUUGACAGUAAAAAGACGGAAUCAAAUAUCAAGCCUACAAAUUUUGUUGAGAAUGGCUCUUACAAGGACUUAGAUGAGGUGUUGAUUUACAAAUCUCAAGCUUCUGCGCCGAAGAUGAGCGGCCAUAGCAGUUAUAUAAAUGAAGAUUUGUCAGUUCAUUCCAAAGAACAUGGUAAAGCUCGGGAUGCUGAUGUUGGUGUGGAUUACUCUCAGGCCAGUCGUGCUAGAAAACCUGCAGACAUGAACAAUUCUCAAGCUGCUGCAACUGUUGCCAUGGCACCCAAAAGUUCUAGGGCUUCUCUUCGUGUGGAAGUUGAAGAGUCAAAAAUAAAAGUCACUUGUACUGACAACAUCGAAAGCUCAAAAUGUGUGCCAUCGGUCUUAGCUGCUAAUAAAGUUUCUUCCAUUCGUGAUGUCUGUUCUGUAACACCUAAUCCAUCAAAAAGGGCUGAUAAUCCAUCAGAGAGGGCAGGUUCAACUGCAAAUAGCCUUGCGUCGUCUCUGAAGAAAAUUGUCAGGCAACAAACUGCUUCCAAAGUUGUGAGGCAUUAUCCAUCAGAAUUGACACUUUUUCCAUAUGAACUUUUCAUCAAGCUCUAUGACAAGGUUGAAUUGCGCCCUUUUGGUCUUCAUAACCUUGGCAAUAGUUGCUAUGCAAAUGCUGUUCUUCAGUGCUUGAUGUUUACUCGGCCUCUUACAGCAUAUUUUUUAGGAGGGCUUCAUUCAAAAAAUUGCUCCAAUAAGGAAUGGUGUUUCAUGUGUGAAUUUGAAAAACUUGUUGUGGAGGGCAAACACGGCAAGACUGCUUUGUCACCAACUGGGAUACUCUCCCAUUUGCACGAGAUUGGAAGUAGCUUUGGCCCUGGUAAACAAGAAGAUGCUCAUGAAUUUCUUCGGCACUCCAUUGAUGCUAUGCAAUCUGUAUGCAUGAAGGAAGCCAGAAAAAGCGGUGCUCAUCGUUUAGCAGAAGAAACCACACUUGUGCAAUUGAUAUUCGGGGGUUAUCUGCGAUCUAAGAUAAAAUGCACAAGGUGCCAUGGUAGUUCCGAGCAAUCUGAGCGUAUGUUGGAUCUUACUGUUGAAAUAGAUGGCGACAUCAGUUCGCUCGAAGAAGCACUUCAGCGAUUUACAUCUACAGAAGUCUUGGAUGGAAAUAAUAGAUACCAAUGCACUAGAUGCAAAUCGUACGAGCGUGCUAAGAAGAAGUUGACAAUAUCAGAAGCACCAAAUGUCCUGACAAUUGCAUUGAAAAGAUAUCAGUCUGGCAAGUUCGGGAAGAUCAGCAAAGCCAUCAGAUUCCCAGAGACCCUGAACUUGUCUAGCUACAUGAGCACAACUGAUGACAAUUCACCUGUUUACAGCCUAUAUGGAGUGGUUGUCCAUCAUGAUGUUAUGAAUGCUGCCUUUUCUGGUCAUUAUGUAUGUUACGUCAAGGACACACAUGGGAAGUGGUACAAGACAGAUGACAGUCAGGUCAAAUCGGUGUCCCUGGAAAAUGUCAUGUCGAAGUGUGCAUACAUGCUGCUCUAUGCAAGGUGUUCACCAAGGGCGCCAAGCUCUGUGCGACAUGCGAUAAUGGUUCAAGACCCUGCACGUGCGAAGAAGACAAGGCAUAAGCAAGGACCUAUACCAGAUCACAUUACUGAUAACCUUACUGGUACAUUUGACGAAUUUGGAGAGUCACCAUAUCCACCGGCAGAAUCUCCAAGUCCAAGUGAGAGUUCAUCGCUGUUCAGCAACUCUGAUGCUGGGUCACACAGCACAGUGAGCACAGAUAGCAGUGAAAGCACAAGGAAUUCAACCAGCACUGAUGAGUAUGAACAGUACUUAUUUGGGACUCCAGAUCAAAUUUACCAGGGAGGGUCUGCAGCAGCACACGACGAGACAGACUAUACAACAUAUUCCCGGUCGAGAUCUACCUUGGGCACCAGCUCAUCUGGCCGGGAGGCGGAUCAUGCAGGCAGUGCCGAGAGAUUUAUUGAGCAGGGUACCAGAGGUGGCUGGUUCGAGGGUGGUGAGAGCUCGUCCUACUUGUACACUGACCGAAGUAAACAACAGUCGAGUAGUAAGUUAACAGAACAAUAUAGGCAGUUAGGUACGGAGCAUGACCCUGGAGAAGUCAGGGGCAGUGUUUUAUCGAGAAGAUCGGCUAGGGAAAGGACCGCCCAAACAUUUUAUUGAUACAGAGGGUUUGGGUUGUAGAGAAAUAAUGUAGCAUCUGUUAAUUAUCUCGUUGCGAUGAAAAUAUGAAAAAGUGCAGUCCCUAGAGAUGAAAGAAA